AGCGUGGGAGGACGAGGCGCGCCACCUCGGCCCUCGUGUCUUCGGCCCCUGAUGUGUGGUGGCCGGGGUCCGCGCUCCGGAAGCCUGGGGUGAAGGGUCCCUGGCGACUCCCCCUGAGCUGGAGCCGAGGAAGAGGGGUCCCUUCGCUUGUGUCCUGGCGGGCCCGGCGCCGCGGAUGCCUGGGUCAUCCUAGGGCACCUGCCGUGCGUCUCGCUGCCAUCAAGCGCUCCUCGACAUAGGCGGGUCCGGAGCUCCCCGUCUUCCGAGUUCGAGGGCCAUCGGGCCCAGUGAGCCUUCCGUUUUACAAAGCUGAUUCUUAGAGAGGGAGAGCGGGCUUCCUAAGACCCUACGGCUGGCUGGUGCGCUGUGGGCCUUCGCCAGAAUCCGGGCCUCCUGGCUCAUAGCAGUUGUUCCCUCACGGCGUGUCACAGGCUGCUGCCCUGUAUCUGAGAGGUUGCGCUGUUGUCUUUCCUCCCUUCAGUCCCCCGUGGAUCCGUCUUAGCUCAUCCUCUCCCCCAACCCCCCAAGACCUGUGGGCUCCGUUACCAGGGUCACUUUCUUCGCCAGGGCCCUACCACCAACCUCCACAUGUUGGGGAGUGGGAUUCGGCGGAGAAUGAGUCCCCCAUCCUGUCAUCCAUAAGCCACUCUCCCCAGCUCCUCUCCUACCACCUUCUGUCCUCAUGUCUUCAUUGCUGCUGAACCUGGACUUUGGGGAACCUCCUCCCAAAAAGGCAUUAGAAGGCAAUGCCAAGCACCGAAGUUUUGUCAAGAGGCGACGGCUCUUGGAGCGGAAAGGCUUUCUGAACAAAAAGAACCAGCCCCCUAGCAAGGCUCCCAAGUUGCACGCAGACCCUCCAAAGAAAGGGGAAGCUCCUAAAGUGGAUGGCGCUUGGCAGAUCCCUUCCCUGUCAAGAAAGAAGACAGGGACCCCCAGCGCCGGGGCAGAGCAGCCCCUGGGGAAGAAAACUGCAGUGUCUUGGCUGACCCCUGCCCCUUCCAAGAAGGCCGACGCGAUUGCAGCGCAGGUGGAUUUGCUGGGGGAGUUCCAGAGUGCCCUUCCGAAGAUUAAGAGCCACCCCACCCGCCCCCAGAAGAAAGGCUCCCAGAAGAAUGCCGCCCCGAAUCCCGCCCAGGCUCACUCCGAGAAUAAGCUCUCCCGAGCAGCCCAGAAGGCUCCGAGCAAGAUGGUGGCGAUUGACUGUGAGAUGGUGGGCACAGGCCCCAAGGGGCACGUCAGCUCCCUGGCUCGGUGUAGCAUUGUCAACUACGACGGGGACGUGCUGUACGACGAGUACAUCCUGCCCCCGUGCCGCAUCGUGGACUACAGGACCAGGUGGAGUGGCAUCCGGAAACAGCACAUGGUCAAUGCCACACCCUUCAAGACUGCCCGCAGCCAGAUCCUGAAGAUCCUCGCAGGGAAGAUAGUGGUGGGGCAUGCCAUCCACAACGACUUCAAAGCCCUCCAGUACUUUCACCCCAAGUCUCUGACCCGUGACACCUCCCACAUCCCCCUGCUCAACCGGAAGGCCGACUUCCCGGAGAACGCCACCAUGUCUCUGAAGCGCCUCACCAAGAAGCUGCUGGACCGGGACAUCCAGGUGGGCAAGAGCGGACAUUCGUCCGUGGAGGAUGCCCAGGCCACCAUGGAGCUUUACAAGCUGAUUGAAGUCGAGUGGGAGCAGCACCUGGCCCAGAACCCCCCGAAAGACUAGCAGUGGUGGGAACACUGGUGAUGCGGGGAGGCAGAGGCAGCCCCCCAGGAGAACCAGGGCGGUGGGCCAUGGAUGGGUGCUGCACCAGCUCCACGCCGUUGGAAGCUAGACUUGUUGGGAAGAGAAAGGCUCGCCUUAGACUUAAUACCCAUUGAAACUUCACCUGAGCUGUUGUGUCCGUGUCUGGUUGAGCAUCCCACGGAAGGGGGAGCCCCUGUCAGAACCCAGCCCCACAGUGUUUACCUUCUUAAAUGGUGCUAACCGCAGGUCCCAGAGGACUUUGUGCCAGUCCAACGUCUUGACUCUCAAGGGGCAGGGCGCACUGGGACAUGUAGUGUCCCUUGCUGCCUUCUCGCUGGGCUCUCGUGUUUUAUGCCUUUUGUUCUUGAGUAAUCAGCAGCACCUUCCCCUUCUCUCGUAAGUGUCCUGCUCGGAUGAUGAAAUACACAGUCCCAGUACAUGUCACAGACCUCACUUCCGGCUCCAGGUCUACCCCAGCCUGUGUCAGGUAUCAUCUGUUUCCCCUCCUUGAUUUCCACGAGAGCCAUUGCUGGUCAGGCAUAGUUCUCCGUAGCGUUCCAGGGCAGUGAGGUAAGAGCGUAGCUUGGAUAUCAACUUCUGAUUGAGAGAAGCAGCCUCUUAUCUAAGAUAAUAGAGGCUUUAUUUAAUGUGGGUUGUGUUCAGUAGGUUUAAAAAGAAUUUCAAUGGUUUUAAUCUUUUACUUUGCUAAACCAAGCCUCUCAAAAAUUCCCUUGAUAAAUUUUUAUAAUGGAAAAGCAAUUGUGUGGUGGCUUUGUAACCUUACAUUGAACAGCUUUGUCACAAGGCAUGAGGGCGCCCUGGUUCUCUGAGGGGGUUCCCAGGGUGUCACCCUUGUGAGUGCAUGGAGAGAGAGGCACCAACGAACCUUUGUUUCACACUUCACAUCUCGUCCUCCGCCCUCCCACAAAUCAAGCACACCUAAAAGAAUGCCCCAGACCACACAGAACACCUCCGCCGAGGGUGUGUGACCGGGAGAGUGCGGUGCGGUGAAUCAGAGUGGGCCUGAGGGAGGGGCGGCGGGG